GAUACUCGUGAGCUGCGCUCGUGGCUUCGCGGGAGGUAACCGAUCAAUACUCUUCCAAAACUAACGAAAGAAGUGCAACUCUGGCUUUAAACGGACAAAUAUCUGUUUGCGAUGAGCUACAGUGGCACAGGAAGCCCUCUCGGUCUCGUUUUGGUGGCAGUAUUGCUCACAUUGGGAACGCCGACGACUUUCCGUGAGGAGAGAGAGGAUGCAGACAGAGAAGAGUGUUCGGAGAACAACAUAGCAACGACGAAAUAUCCGUGCGUAAAGACCACAGGAGAGCUGACCACAUGCUACAGAAAAAAGUGCUGUGAGGGUUUUAAGUUUGUGCUGGGACAGUGUAUACCAGAAGACUAUGACGUGUGCACCGGGGCUCCUUGCGAACAACAGUGUACCGAUCAUUUCGGCCGCGUGGUGUGCACCUGUUAUCCUGGUUACCGCUAUGAUAGGGAACGUCACAGAAACCGUGAGAAACCCUACUGCUUGGACAUUGAUGAAUGUGCCAACAAUUACGAGACCGUGUGCUCGCAGAUCUGUGUGAACACACCCGGCAGCUAUCGCUGUGAAUGUCAGCGAGGCUUUUACCUAGAGAAUGAUGGGAAAUCAUGCACCAGGGGCGAGAGAGCUACGUUGUUUGAAAAGUCAGACAAUGUCAUGAAGGAGGGAACUUGUUCGGCCACAUGUGAGGACUUUCAUCAGAUGAAGAUAACCGUUCUCCAGCUCAAACAGAAGAUAGCCAUGUUGCCAAACAAUGCUGACGUCAGUAAGCAGUUGACAAAUGAAAAGAAGCUGACAACACAUCCGUUCUUACCUGGACCUCCAGGUCCACCUGGGCCUGCCGGAAGCCCAGGACCCAAAGGUUCCCCUGGCCCCCCAGGACAGAUGGGUCCAGCAGGUCUGACCGGUCCCCGGGGUGACAUGGGGCCCAUGGGGCCAUCACCAGACCUCUCUCACAUUAAGCAGGGCCGGCGUGGUCCAAUGGGUCCACCAGGGGCUCCAGGAAAAGAUGGCGUAAAGGGGGAGAGAGGGCUUCCUGGGGAACCCGGACCACCAGGUCCGCCUGGAUCGUUUGACUUCUUGUUGCUGAUGCUGGCUGACAUCCGUAAUGACAUCGCAGAGUUACAGCAUAAAGUUUAUGGAAGAUCAAUGCACUCAUCGGGAGAGGAUUUCCCUCCUGAUACGUGGAGGGAAAACCAGGAUAGCCUGGACUUCGGAUCUGGAGAGGACUACAAACCCCAGAGUCAUCCUAAGAGCACCAGGAAGAGAAAAUUGCCCCGGACCUUAAAUAAUCCUGAUUGGCAGGUUUAAGAAUGCCAAUAUUGAAAUAAGGACUUAUUAAUGAGCGAUUGAAUAGUGUAAAUAUCAAAGAAUGAUUGCUAUUUAACGGUAUAAUCUCUGAAAAAGAAUGUAUUUCAUUGUAUGAAAUCUCUAUUUUUAUAACAUAAAGGUUGUACAUUUUUAUAA